AUGGAAGUCCCAAUUAAGCAAGAAAGUCCCAUCAGCGACAUCGACAAGAAGAAGUCUCCAAACCUAACCGAGGAGCAGAAGAAAGCCCACCACAUUGCAUCCGAGCAAAAGAGACGAGAAAACAUCCGUGCCGAGUUUGACCGAAUCGUCCUGCUCACGCCGACUUUGACCGAGCAGGAGAACCGUUCGGAGCUCAGCAUCUUGACCAAGUCUGCUGAUUACAUCGACCAAUUGAAGGACGAAAACAAGCAGUUGUUGGAGUUAUGCCGUCUUAAGGGUAUCCCUGUGCCCGAUGAGCUAAUAUACAAGGGCCCCGGUGUUGCCCACGAUUAA